CAAUACAAAAUCCACUCAUAAAAUGGCCAGAUCUACCACUAGGGGUCGUGCUACGCGUGCCCUGGCCAUACAGGAAAGUCCUGGAAGAACCAGAACGUCGAGAAGAACCCAGAGCAUUGUGGACGAGGAUGAUGAAGAAGAACCAGUCGCGCCUGUCGAACAGGACGAUUUCGAAGAAGCAGAUGAAGAACAAACGAAAAAGAGGAAAGCCGAGGAGCUGGAUGGCGACGUAGAAGUCGGCCAUGAAGAUGCCGAGGACGAGGACGACGAGGAUGAAGACGACGAGGAGGAAGACGAAGAGGAAGAAGAGGAGGAGGAAGACGACUUGACGGUUGAUGUGGUUGACCUGAAUGGACAACAAAAGACUACCGAAGAACCUAAGGAUAAACAAGUUCGUAAGAUCCCAAAGAAGAGAGGUCGUAAGCGGAUCAAGUUGAUUCUUGGAGAAGAUGGGUACAUGGAUGAAGACGGGAACACCCUCAACGUGAAUAAUGACGAGAUUGUGUUUGAAGAUGAAGAUCCCAAGGGGUUGGAGAAGGUGGAUGCCAAUGGGAAUCUUUCCGGGGGAAGACACUACCGGAUGAAGACCUUCACUCUUUUGGGCAAGGGUGACCAAUUGUACAUGGUUUCCACCGAGCCGGCUCGUUUGGUUGGGUUCCGUGACUCUUAUCUUCUUUUCAAGACUCACAAGUCCUUGUUCAAGAAGGUGUGUACCCACGAGGAAAAAAUGGACUUGAUCAAUAGACACAUCAUCCCCAACUCUUACAAGGGUAGAUCCGUGAACUUGGUCACCGCACGGUCCAUUUACCGUGAGUUUGGUGCACGGAUCAUCCAUGAUGGUCGUAAGGUCACCGAUGAUUUCUGGGAACAAAGAGCCAGAGACAACGGGGACGUCGAGGGUGAAUACGCGGACCCAGCAGAGUUGUACAUCAAUAGACUCAUGCCUGGCGGCUUACAGGGUCCUGGCGGUGAAGGCGGUGCCCUUGGUAGCGGUACCCCGAACGGGAACUCGGUUGCCGGAGCCACUGCAUUGAUCAAGUACCAGACCGACCCCUCCUGGAUGUACCAGAUGGUCUUACAGACGAUAGCGUACAACCGUAAGCUCCAGGAUGAUAGACUGGCCACGUUCAGAGGGUUAACCGACGUUUACACUGGAUUGAACUUUUUCCCCACAAUCACCCAGGCCUCCAAUGCCAAGAUGGUUAAGUUGGCCAAUGGAAAUGCUGAUGACGAUUCGAUCGUGACAGACACCGUCUUCUACAACCGCGAUAUUAGAAGAAAGGCAACCGGAUUGAAGAACGUGCCCGCCGAUAUCUUUGCAGAAUUGGAAGACCCAGAGAUCAAACGGGCCAUUUUGGAACAACAAGCUUUUGAAAAAGGGUUGUAAUAUCCCAGAGGAUGUGUACAUUAGGAAAUUUGUAGA